CCACAGAAAGCAAGAAGUAGUACCAGUGCUAGGAUACAUUGUAUAGUGAGAGAGUGUGGCAACUGUUGCCCUAGGAAUAAACGCCAUAGCCACGGUAUCUACUGACGACUGCAGCCCGCCAACAACACACACCAAAAGACAUGGACAAAUUUGAACAUGGCAAGCUGUGAACUCUGGAACGUGAGACAACAAAUCAGAUGCAGUGGAGCUCCUGCUUGAACGUGUCGUUGCUUUGCUGUCUCCAACACCUUCAGAUCUUGUGUACUAGCUACUACCUGGCUUAGUACAUGCAUUUUGGUCAUGGGAUGUAGUUCUCUUCCUGACUUGGACUGAAUGUCCAAUGGCUACACAAACUUUCGUGAAUGACCUUCAGGCAAUGAAUCCUGCGAAUGUGCCACAGAAUACUGCAAAGUCACCUGUGGUCACUCAGGCACAAGUUGUUCAGCAGCAGCAGCAGCAACAACAGCAACAACUUCAGCAGCAGCAACAACAGCAACAACAACAGCAACAGCAGCAACCACAGCAGCCUCAACCAAACCAAGUACAAGCUCCACAACAACAAGCUCCUGUUCAACAGCUGACACAACAACCUCAGACUAGUGCUGUGAAUGCUGGACCAAUUCCAAAAGUUCAAGUGUCACAAGCCACCAUUCUUCAACCUGCACACACGGGGCAUUCUUAUAUAGUUGCCACCUCAGUUCCCGAGUCAACUGCUGAGCAGGUCCAUGAACAGGCAUCCAUCCAGCAACCUGGUCAAACAGUGUAUUCUGCACAUGUCCAGUACGUAGAAGCCAAUGACCAAGCUAUCUACUCAGCUGCCAAUGGCCAAAUGUCAGGUUAUCAAGAAUAUACUCCUAACGCUAUGUACUCUUCUGUUGGUGGAACAUACUAUCAAACUACUGGUAGCCAGAUGGCCACGAAUAUUGCCCAUGUCCAGAGUAUCCAAGGGCAAAUCAUAACUCAACAUGCAGGCACCUAUGUCAUUCAGAGUAGUACGAUGGAUGGUGAAGGGGCUCCCCUCAGUCACACUACGAGAGCAUCCCCAGCCACAGUAAGUUUUGCUGUGCAGUGGCUCCUAGACAACUAUGAGACUGCUGAAGGUGUUAGUCUACCUCGGAGUACUUUAUACAAUCAUUAUUUGCGCCACUGUCAGGAACAAAACUUGGACCCCAUGAAUCCAGCCUCCUUUGGCAAAUUAAUACGUUCUGUCUUCAUUGGUUUGAGAACUAGACGCUUAGGAACACGUGGCAACUCCAAGUACCACUAUUAUGGUAUCCGCAUCAAGGCCAACUCUCCUCUCAACCAGUUCACUGAUGAACAAACAAUGGCCCUCCGACAACAGCCAAUAUAUCAUGGUAAAAAGAUGCGGUUUGCCAACAAUAAAGUGGAAGAGAAUGAUGGUAUGUACAGCCAUUAUAACAGUGGUCAUCAAGAUAGUUCACAAACCCAACAGCAACAUCACCAGCAGUUUCUUGGGGAUGCCUCAGGAGCAAUUCCCAACUUUGUUGAAGUUGACACGUCAGUCAUGCCAUUGCACGAUGGCAUUAUGAUGGACCAUAUAAGAACUUUUGAAAAAAUUUACAGAGAACACGCUGAGGCUAUUGUGGAUGCAGUAGUGAAUUUACAGUUUUCCUUGAUAGAAGCCCUGUGGCAGGGUUUCUGGAGAAACCAAACACUAGAACAGCAGCAAAGCACUGACAAUAAUUAUGAGAAAAGGCUUCCCAAAGAUAAACUGUACACUAUGUGUAAAUAUGAACCUUUGCAGAAGUAUGUCCAAAGAUCUGAUUACGCAUUUUAUCAAGCUCUUGUUGAAGUUCUAAUACCUGAUGUUCUUCGACCGAUACCCAGCUCUUUAACUCAGGCUAUACGGAAUUUUGCUAAAAGUUUAGAGAACUGGUUAAAAGGUGCAAUGCAUGGUGUUCCAGAUGAAAUGGUCAAAACUAAGGUUGGUGCAGUAAGUGCAUUUGCACAGACACUGCGUCGAUAUACAUCAUUAAAUCAUCUUGCACAAGCAGCUCGUGCUGUACUUCAAAACACAUCACAGAUUAAUCAAAUGUUAACAGAUUUAAAUCGAGUCGAUUUUGCUAAUGUUCAGGAACAAGCUUCAUGGGUGUGUCAGUGUGAAGAUGCUAUGGUCCAUCAGCUGGAACAGGACUUCAAGAAAACUCUCCAGUCACAGAACUCCCUAGAGCAGUGGGCUGUAUGGCUUGAAGGAGUUGUCAACCAGAUCUUAAAGCCACAUGAAGGCAGUGCUAAUUUUCCAAAAGCUGCAAGACAGUUUUUAUUGAAAUGGUCAUUCUAUAGUUCAAUGGUUAUUCGAGAUUUGACUUUGCGGAGUGCUGCCAGCUUUGGUUCCUUCCACCUCAUACGGCUCCUAUACGAUGAAUAUAUGUUCUAUUUAGUAGAGCACAAAGUAGCUGCAGCCACAGAUGAGACCCCUAUUGCUGUGAUGGGAAAAGUCAGACAGUUCAUUGACCUUGGUAAUGCUGCAGCACUAAAUUCCUUGGAUACUUGUAAUGUUUCAAUUGCUGCUGGUGUAAAGCCCUCCUACAUUCCACAUAAUACUGUCAUCAACAGUUCUGGAAAUGGUCAUGCAGUAGACUCGGUAACAACCAGUACGAAUGCUGCCACCACUACUGUGAUGGUUCUCACUCCUGCCAUAUCACACACCGGCAAUAUAAGUACCACUGCCCAGACAAACCCAAUUAGUAACACUCACCAAGUUAGUCUGCGAGCCACUCCAGCCACAACACAGCUUCCUGCCGGUCAGAAGACAAUCGUAGUGAUGCCUGUUUCGACCGUCGGGACAGGUGAGGUUUACCCGAUGAAGCGGAUGAAGACAGAAUGAGAGAUGCUCACUUAGGAAUCACCUCUUUUUUUUUUCAACCUCUGUAUUUGGGGCAAACAACACAAACAAGCAAAAAAAAUAGUAAUAACAACAAAACAAAAAGAAGAAACUUGGUUGAACAGUUUUAAAUGUGAUAUUUUUAAAACUUGUGGAAAACUGUCACAAAAUGUUUGUAUUCUUGACUAUGAAUCUAACUCUGUAUGUUUGUGUGACUAGAUUUAUAAGUACUGCAGAUGUGUAUUUGUGUGUGUGCAUGUGUAUUUGUGUGUGUGCAUGUGUAUUUGACUGUGUGGUCACACUUACAUAUAUACGAGAGAAACAAGAAUGAAAAACUUUCAGUGUUUCCCCCCAUCCCCACCCCAGAUAUUGCUAUUAAAAAAGGAGGCUGGGUUUAUUAUGAACUAAAAUAGUUCUGGAGAAUUAUCUAAAGGUAGGAAUUGUCCAGAUGUGGAACAUUUCAUAUACUUAUGUAUAUAUGAUGCCUUCAACCUGGUUGGGUACUACAGUGGUGGACACCCUUUUCAACUAGUCCUCCUCGACUAUCUUCGAUGUAAUAUGGGAUUAUUCCACUCCAUAGAAUAUUGACAUCAUUGAACAAUUUUCUCUUUUUUUUCUCUCUCUCUCUCUUUCUUUCACAUUUUAACAAUGGCCAAAAGUUGUACAAAUCUUCAUUGUAAGCAAUCAUUUAGUGGCCUGUUUUAUGAUCUUGGUAUCAUUUCACAUCACCCUUUCAAUAUGGUUUUUUUUUUCCCCCUCUGAAAGUUCUAAUUAGACCAAUUUUUGCAUAGCAAUACUUGUUAUCAAAUUCUAUACACACAAGAGAAGCAUAACAACAUGAACAUGUAUUGCUAUCAAAACUCAACACUACUGUUCUCCCAUUCAGUAGCUACUUGGGCUGACACUCUUGCUAAUGGUUGUUAGUGCCCUUUUGAAUUAUUUAUUUAAAGUUUAGCUUUCAGACUCUUUAAAGCCUUCUAAUGCUACGAUAUUUUCAACCCUUGAAAAUGAAAAUUACAAACACAGACUCCACCUCACCACUAUUGGCCAGUUGAUUUAUUAGUUGUUCAUUAAAGACAAACCAGUUAAAAAUGAUCAAAUCAGAGUGUAAGCUACCAUAUCUAACUGUCAGUGUUGUUUGCUACUGGCAGUUUUCUUUCUUACCACUGAUUUUGUUUUACUGGCAAUAAGUAUCCUGAACUUCUAUUUCCUUCUAUUAGAUAUUUUUUUUUUAUAUAACUCUCCAGUAUUGCCUGCAAAUCCACUGAAUAUAUAAGGCUUCAGCAAUAAUAAAUGUGAGCAGGUUUUUUUUUUAAAUGCCAUUUUUACCUGUUCAUUUUUUUUUUUAAUCAUUUUUUCCCCCUCCUUUAAUUAACUGGUUGUCUUGUUCUAGAAGUCAUUCCCCAUUGUAGUACCCUUAAUUCUACCUCUCUGUGCCAUUCCCUCCCUGACAACUGUUCAGUGCGCGUCUUCUGCCAUUUGUCGGCUUAUUUAUUUAAUUUUGUUUCUAUUUAUUUUUAUUUUUAUAAUUUACAAAUAGUAUCGUGUAAAUUUUCUUUCUGCUCAACAUGUGAUAAAAAAAAAUUAUGUUAUUUAUCAAAGUGCAGGUCUCACACUAGUCGGGGUCGAACCCUUUGUUGCUCUCUCCUUCUUUCGAAUAUCGCCUUACUGUUAGCUUCUGUGUCCUGUUGCCAUUAAACCUAGACCCUGGGCUUUACACAUGCAUCUAUAGAUAUAUUAUCAUAUAAUAUCAUUGACAUGCAACAACUGAUUGUUAGUUAUCUUGUUUUGUUUUGAUAAGUGUCUCGUUUGUUUGCUUCUGCUGCCAACCAUUGUCUCUGUACAUCUGUUUGACAGUCGAUUAAUCUUAGGUGUGUUCUGUAAAGAGACUGAAACCAGUAAAUUUCCCCACUUCUGACCAGUUAUCUGGUGAAAAAAAUAAAUGUAUAAAUAAAACUUAUAUUUAAAAGCUUUUUUUAAAAAAAAUUGAAUAUUUUAAAGAAAAAUUUUUGGUUAAUGCAAUAUUUUCAUUCAUUCUUUUAUAAACAGCCGCUUGUUUCUGCAGUCGUCAUGUUGAUUUUGGAUGUUAAUGAAAGAUAUAUCUAGUGAUAAGUAUUUUCCUCCCCCAUUCCUGGUGCUGCCUUUGCAAAACAUGAUCAUUAUAUUUUUUUUUUCUUUAAUAAAUAUUUUAUUUUGAAUGAUUGUAAAACAAUAUUGGGGCAUUCCAUAAAUAUUAAUAUAAAUAUAAACUUACUUAAAAACUAUAAGUAUGUCAGUUUAUAUAAAUCUACAUUUUUUCUUUUUCUUUUCUUUUUUUUUAAUUCUGUGUUCUAAAUUGUUUUUGCUUUGUUUUAUAUUAAUUUAUUUUAUUGAUUUGAGGAGAGAGACUUAGCUGUAUCUCAUUCACAGAUUCACAAAAAAAGCACUUGGAUUUGAUUGUUAAACUUUUUUAAUGAAUUUUUUUUAAUUUACAUUCUGGUAUAUUUUUCUUGUUUUUUUAUUUUCAUUAUUUUGAUUUGUGUGUUUUCAUUUUGUGGUUAAUUAUCGUUGUCUCUCCAAUUACCGUUAUAUCUUUUAGUUUAUGUCUCAGUGUCAGGUUGACAACUUAGUUUUAGUAUUGAAAAAAAUCUCAGAAAUCUAAGGCAAGUUAUCAAUAAUUUAUGUUUACUUUUUAAUAGCUUACUGUCUAUUUUCAAAAGAUGUGUGUGUCUGUUUCCUAUGAAUGCUUACAAGCAUCCACUCAUAUGAUACAAAAAUUAUGUUUGAGUAUAAACAUGUAAAUGCUAGCGUAUAUGCUUUGGAAUUUAUGAGGUAUUUAUCUCAACUCUUGUGAAUUCUCUUUAAGUUUUAUUUUUUUUAUUUAAAUCAAAGUUAAAAGAUAUAAAAUAUAUUUAGUUUUCAUUUUCUGUCUUGUGUAACUAUAAACACCUGUAACAUUUAGUUAAAUAAUUUUUUUUUUCUAGAUUCCUUCUUGUUUCACUAUUAAGAAGAUAGGAUAAUGUAUAGUUAGUUCUUCAACAUCUGCUGUUUGGUGAUGCCUGUUGUCUGUCAAAUAAUGUUUUGUAUGAAUCUAGCUACCUAAAUUCUGUUUUUAAAACUAUUAUGAUGAAGUGGUCUAAAUUCCAUGAUUUUUUGGGAAUUGGGAUGGGACUGUCUUCACCAAGUAGCAAAUAUUGACAACACUUCCUCAGUUAUAAAGUAACUUCUUAUGCCAGAUUACUAGUGACACUCUUGCUGCUUAGUAAAGGGUGUGUUAAGAACUAUUGAAGCAAAACAUAUGUUACAUAGUACAGGCAUUGACAGAAACAGUUAUAUUGUACUAGUCUCAUUAGGAAGGGUGGGGAGUCAACUAGCAUACCUUCAAUUAGAGUCUGUUGUCCAUUUGGAAAAGCUUUAACUCCCACAACUGCAGACACCAUUGAAGUAGAGUGGAUAAAGCAUAACACUAAUGAUUAAUGAACCAUACUGAUGUUGGAAAUUUAGUAUGGCUCAGCAAUUUUUUUUUAAUGCUAUAAUGUCUGCUUCACAAUAUCACAUUCCCAAAUUCAUUGGUUUUCAUAUUUCCAGUAAGUUAUUACCACUAGUUUUUUUUAGUGUAAAUCAGUUGAUCCUAACCCUUCUUGUAAAUAGAAACAUAUUAACCUAAAAUGUCAAUCUUUACACUAGCAUAAUUUAAAUGUAUGGAAGGUGUGGUAUUAGGACUAAGAGAAAGGUUUUAAUCUUAUUCAAAUGUCAUGGCUGCAAAUUGUUCUAGUAAACCAUUGAGAAAAUAGUGAAAAUAAAAAGGUUUUUGAGAAAGAGAGAAAGCCAGCCUCCACUUGUCUCACACCAUUGAGACUAUAAAAGUAGUUGUAUAUAAUUUUCAAUAAAGACCAUUUAACUUGAUCUAGUGUUUCAAAGUGGAAAAUAUUGACUAAGACCUACAGUUUGGUCAGUGUGAUGUUGAGUGCUUGUAGACAUAAGAUGUCUACAAAGCUACCACUAUCAAUCAGUGAGUCUUCAAAUUUGUGCAUAUGAUUAACUUAAAUGGUAUCUGGCAUCUUUCUACCCAUAUUCCUGUUCAGAUAAAAUAGCCAAGUGAAUAAGGUAUUGGGCCACCAACAUCCUUUAUGUGUGUUCAAACCUGUUUAAGUGUUUCAUUAUGUUUCUGGACAGGUCAAUUCUUUCUUCCAUCCUUAUAAGCAAGAAUAAAUAUUAGAUUUUCUGAGAAAGAGAAAUGGUCAGCAGAGUUGAUCCUUCAUUGUUUGUAUAUCUCAAUUAAAUUUAUUACAUAGAUAAAAGAAAAACAUCAUGCCUAUUACAUUAGCUUAAAUUUCCCCUCCUCUCCAUAUAGAGCUAACAACAAAAAGCUAGACACAAAAAUUAAGUCAUAGCAGAGCUUUUUCUGAAGUUUAUUUUUGCUUAAAUAUAUUUACUGGUGUUAACAGGUUAACAUAUUCAUCUUGGUUUCUCAACAUGUCCAUGGUCCACUUUUCUAUCCUUAUAUUUUUUGGCCCACAUCAUGGUGCAGCUCCCUUUUACUUCAUGUAUUCUCACUGGAAUAUCUACAGAUUGAUCAGUUAGUUCUGUUUCCCUUGACCUUUUCUUUCACACUUCCAUUAGUAUUUUUUCAUGGGUUUAUGGAUAAUACCCCGUAAAUGUUUAAGAGAGAUGGAGGAGCAGAUUAGAAUGAGAUUGCUUUUUGACUUAGAAACUAAGUUUCAAGAUUGUUCCAUUACUAUAAAACAGUUGCAUGCAAACUGUUACAUGUGGGACCUAACAAAAAUUUGUCUUGAAUAAGUAAGGUUGCUAAUGUUUUCAGUAAUAAUUACUGUUUUGAGAAAAUUCUUACAUAAAAUUACAAGAGUAGAUUUUAUUUUAAAUGAAAUGUCUUGUAUCCUGGGACUUGAAACAAUUUCAAGUUGGUUGGCAUCAGAAAGACCAAGUAAUCUGGUAGAGUUGACAUGUGAACUGGAUGUUAAUUCAUUUAGAAAUAAACUCAAUACUUGAAUCAUCUAAUUUUCAUCAAUGACAGACCAUAGCUAGGAGUUUUUGUUAUAUUUCUGGGAUAAUCAGAUUACAUCGAUAUUUAUGUUAUUUAUAUAUUUUGAUUGUUAUAUUCUUCAAUUGUUUAUAUACAUUGCCUUAGGUUGGGUUUGAACUUAUGUUCAUUCAGGUUCUAUUUUCCAGUUUGAUUGUCUUAGUAUAAUAGUUAAAACAUAAAGUGCAAAUAUAUCUUGGGAGUAUAUAAACAUUUAGAUUAAGGAGUAUAGUUUUUUAACAACUUAAUUACUGUGAAAAUGAUAGUAUUUUAUCAGCUUUGUCCUUCUGGCUACUAUCAUGAAGACAAGGAGUAAAAAAGAUUCUGGGAACACUCAUCAUUUAUAGUAUUUUGUCAUAGCUGUUCUUUUGUUGUACUGCACUUCUACAUUACAUAUACCCACAAAUAAAGAGUAUAACCUAUUAUAUUUAUACUCCUUACAUCUAACCUAUACUCUUCUGUUUCCAAUCUCACCCAUAAACUAUCAACUUCCUUUUAGAUUUCCUCCACUACGACCACCCCUCUAUUUUUAUUGAUGUAUAACCCAUGCUAGCAUGGAAAGCGGACAUUAAACGAUGAUGAUGAGGGUAAUAAUGGGCUGGUAGGCAUUUGAUAGGAUAUAAGCAGAUUUGUAAGCUUAUAUCCUAUCAUUGGUAUAUUUUGUCCUGUUUAACUGGCAGCAUGGUUAAGAAGUUUAUUUAGCAACCAAGUGGUUCUGAUUUUGAUUCCACUGUGCUGAAGGCUAUUGUAUAUGUACAUACCAUUCGACAAGAAUGUAAUACAUCAAUAGUUGGUUUAAAAUUGCCAAGUUUAUUAGAAUGAGCCACUGCCCCCUUCUCCUACAUAUAACUUAAAACAUUUAGAUAUAUCAAAGAAAAUUGACUACAUGUACCACAGAAUAAAAUAUAUGAUAUAAAAAAAAAAAGGUGCUGUUACCUUUGAGAAAAAAUAUGGUACUUUGUUGAAGCUUUCUCAGCUUUUGUCUUCACUAUCUUAUCAGCUGUUGGAUUGCAAAAAUUAAAGUCUAGUUGUGGAUUGGUUGAAUUGCCAGAGCAUUCAGGUGAAAUGACAUGCAGCAUUUAGUUAGGACCUUUUAUUGUCUGAAUUCAAAUCUCACUAUAGUCAGAAAUGUCUGACCUUGUGCCUUUGUUAAAAAUUAUUAUUGUUGCUUUUAGGCAGUGGGUUAGCAGUUUUGUCAGUUUGGGACAAAAUAUUUUGGUAUUUGCUCAAGCUCUACAUUCAGAGCUCAAAUCCCAUUGAGAUAGAUUUUACUUUUCAUCCUUCUGGAGUUGAUAAAACAAGUAUUAAUUCAGAAUUGUCAUCUGUACAUGACAUUAAGGAGGUCAUCCAGCCAUAGAAACCAUGCCAGAGCUGACACUGGAGCUCAACACUGUCUUACUUGUGGCUCAUCUGAUCCUGUCAAACUGCCCAACCCAUGCCAGCAUGGAAAAUGGAUGUUAAAUGAUGAUCAUCAAUAUCACUAAUAUCUUUGAGAAAGACAGGAAUAUCACAUCAUAUUACCUUCCCUCAUGUCCUAUGAGAAAUGGUUUGCUGAAACAGCAACAAACUGAAUUUAAAAGUUUUGGUUUCAAGUUUAAAUCCUACUAGAGUUGACUCCUGGCUUUUUGCCCCAUCCCCAUUGUUGAUAAAAGGAUUAUCGUUGAUAUACUGAGAUCAGUUCCAGCUUUCUCUAUCUUAGAUUAAUUAAAAGAAAUUAUUAAGAUAAGCAAGUGUAAUCAGUAAUGUAGCGGCCUAACAUGCUAUAUAUACCCAAAUCCCACCUACAGACUUGUUCUUUAAAGAGCAGUUGAUGACAAAAUGCCUUGUAGUACUUAAUUCUGAGCAAUAUAUUAAUGAGAGAAUUUUCUUGGAUUGUUAAUACUGAAGAAACAUUUAAUAUUUAAAUCUACAUUACAUAUCAAUUGGUUUGAUUCCUGGGUAUGUACAGAGUACCAGAUUUAAUUUGAAAUAGGAACCUUUAUUGCUAAACUAACAGUAACAACACCUAUUCAAACUAUGUAUCAAGAUAGGUUUAUCCAGACAUGUACCAGUCUAAGCCACUGACAUCUACAAUAAUAGUAUGCAAAAUUAUAAACUUGUUAAUAGCAACUCUACAUCUUUUUAAGCAUACAAUUUAUAUUUUCUUCUCAUUUGCAUAGAAUUUUAAAAUUUAGAAUGAACAAACAUUCCAGUUUGUUCCAGGUUCAUUGGCAACGGGACACCAAGUGUGGUCUAGGAAAAAAAAUGGUUAAAGGGUGAAACCACUUUUCUGUUUGUUUUUUAACUAAUUGCUGGCAUUAAUUUACUUUUGAAACAAGAUUUUCAAAUUAACCUUUCACAAAAAUACAAGAUUUUCUUGUAAAAAUUUCUGCUUGCCUUACAGCAUCUUUUAUUUCAGUUAAAAAAGAUUAGAGGGCAGGUGUUAUCUCCUGUUAGUUUUUCUUUAUAUAUGUGUAUAUUUCAAUUAUAAUAAGUUUAAUUUUCUCCUUUGGACAUUGAGGAACAGGAGGCUACUAGUGAACUGAGUCUUCAAAAGCCAGUUUUACUUUCUGCUUGAAUGAAGCAAGCUCACUUUACUUCUCAUUCAUAAGAAAGGCGUGGUUGCCACACUGUCUCAUUCUUUCUUCUAUGGACUGUGAGUUUUGUGCUAAGUAAGAAAUCAUUAAUCUCUCUCUCUCUCUCUCUCUCUCUCAUUGUUUGCCUAAAAAUCUUAAUUGUAAUAAUUGGCAAUCUAUAAUUUUUGUUUGCUUUUUUUAUUUGAAUCCCCAUUUUUUUAAAUACAUAAUGCUCUCUCUCUCUCUCUUUCUUUCUCUCUCUCUCAAUUUUUUUAACAAAACACUUAUUUACUGUGAUUGAAAAGUGUGCAGAAUUUUUUUUUGUUGAUUUUUGUAUCUUUGUUUUCAACUGCAUUGACACACUAGAUUUGUUAUAAUCAAUGGGGGUGGGGCCUUAACUUUGGUUCAUGCUUGUUUUGAGGGUGGGUGGUGGGUAUUCUUUGACAAGGGUACACAAAUUUACCCCACCUUUAUUCCCCCCUUUUGCUGCUAUUUGCUGGGGUUUUUGUUUUGUUUUAUUUUUUUUUGUUCAUUUGUUUACUUAUUUCAACAUUCCUAAAUAUGAUUGUUGUUUUUGUUGUUGUCUGACUUUUCGUUGUAUGAAGGAGAAAAAUACACACAAGACAGAAUAUUAAAUACAAAUCUGACUGGGCAUUCAUUCUUCCCUAUUAUUUACCUUAAUUUCCUUGUAUUUUGUCUUUCCUGCCUUCUAUAUUAGUGUAUGUAAUGUGUGUGUGUGUGUGUGUGUGUACACAAACAUAGUGUGUCAGCAUACAACCCUAAGUCACCCUUCCAUGUUCUCUCCAUGAAUAUAGGUGGUAGUGAAGGCACUUCAAAAACCAACAGGGUUUUUCUGAUUUCUUAUUUAAUUUUGUGUGGGGGUACCUUCUACCUUGUUUAAAUCUAAUGUUAUUGAUGAAUUGCUAGAAUCUGAAAAAAUAAUUAAAAUGCCUCAGUUUAUUUCUGGAGAAACUUAUUGAUAGUCUUUGGUUUUUGUUGUAAUUUUGCCUCUGCAAACUUCUGAUCAAAGGCAUCUCAGCCAUGACCAUCCUGCCUUUUUACCCUAUAUGCAGGGAACCCAUAGCCACAUUACCAAAUGUAUCCUUUUUUCUAAGAUGGUAGUCUGUAGUUUGAAGGAGAUUUGGCUAUUAUUUCUAGCAGGUUGAGUUAUGAAGGUGCUUUCAUUAGAAGUCAUAAAUCAUAGUUUUUUGAACAACUCAACUGGCUAUGGAAAUGGUUGGUAUUUAUAAAUACCAUGGCAAGAUACAGUUCACCUUGGUAAUCACUGUUUUCUUCACAAGUGUUUCAUUACCUCAGUGCUACCCUUAGCCAAGAUCAUUCAAAAUCUUCUUAAUUAUAUUUCAUAAACAAGUAAUAUGUCAAGGUACAGUUGAACACAGUAAGAAAUAAUGGAGAUGGAGGAAGCUGAUAAUAUCACCAGUGAUCCUUUAGUUCACAGUUCUGGCGAAAGAUAGACUUCCAGUGAUGUUUUGUCCAUGGUAUGUAAUGUCUUUAAAUAGAGUCUCUCUCUUUCUUCCUUUAUCUACACUUAUGGGAGCUCAUAAUUAACUAUAUCCAUUUUAUAUAUGGUUACAAGACACUGAUCUGAUCAUGAUGUGUUAAGUGGAUAGUGUAUUGGUCACUGCUCACAAGUUGUAUGUUCAUGUUAUAUCACUAACCAAAGCACAGUUUGGUCUUUCUGUUUUAUCUAUGUGACAGCAGAUUAGUUGUAUGGAACACUGAACUGAAUGGAAAUUGAUGGUUUGAGUGGUUUCAGAUACUGAAAAAUAAUCUUCCCGAACAUCUAUAUGAUGAUGUUGAUGGUGAUGCUUUGUUUUAAUUUAGCCACAUGCAUGGCUGUAUGGUUAAGAAGUUAGCUUUGCAACCAAGUGGUUCUGAAUUCAAUCCCAUGUGCAUGACCUUGAGCAAGUCUCUUCUAGUUUAACCUUGGGUUGACUAAUAACUUAGGAGUAGAAUUUGCUAUACGGGAACUAUAGAAGCUUAUUGUAUGCAUGUGUGUGUGUAGAAAUCAGUAAAGGAUGUGAUCAGUGACAAGAACAACCAGUGUUCUUGCAAUAUUUUUAUUGCAUUGAUGAAAUGUUCUCAUAUUCCCUUGUUACUCAAAAAUGCAGUGAUUGGCUCAUUGGUAUCAUUUACUGAGGAUAGUUCACCAAAUGCAAUGUUAUAUUAAAUAAACAGGGCUAAUAUCUAAUGCAGUUAGAAUAUCUUUGAUUGAAUCAAUCUCAAUUUGUCACUGAAAAAUAUUUCAUUGACCUUAAGGUUUAAGGUUAGAGCUGAGGCACUAAAAGCAGUUAAAAUUUGAAUGAGUAUGUGUGUGUGUUUGUCAAAAUUUUGAUAUUUUGUCAACAACAGAUGAGGAGUUGAGCAUGUUUGCAUUCAUUGUGUGUGUGUGCAUCUCCAAUUUCCUGAAAAUUACUUUGUCAUUCCUCCGUUCUAUCUUUUCCAUUAUUGUGUGUGUGGUCAUCUGGUUCCUCCAACUUCAGUGCAACAAGCCACUAUGCUCUUCUAUCUUUCUUUGGCAAGAUUCGGAUCUUGAAACCAGUUUGUGCAACAGCUGUGCAGGUCAUCUUUUGAGGUGAAUAUCCAGGUUUUCUUUGGCCUAUCCAUUGGUCUCUUUCCACUAACUGGUAAACAUGUCACUGCACUUCUUGCUGGGAUAUUGUCCCCCAUUUGUAGGACAUACCCUGUCAGCUGCAUUCUUCUGCUCUUGAUGACAAGACUUAAGUGUGUGAUAUUGGCUAUUCAAAGCACCUCCUCAUUUGUGAUCUUGUCUUGCCAUCUAAUGCCCAGGAGUUUGGGGAGACAUUUUUGUCGGAAGGUAUCAAUUUGUUUUUCAAUUCUUCCAUAUGUCAGCAGCAUAUGUUGUUGUUGAGAUAACAAUUGACCAGAAUAACCUUAAUUUGGUUGUGAUGUGAUAUAUGUUUGUAUACAAAUAUUUUUAUGCAUAUUGUUUUGCUUUAUUGUACAAAAACAUAAAUAUACUCUUGUGUAAGUAAGAAAACCUACCGUAUGUGUAUAUGAUAUCUUAGUAGUAAAAUUUAAAGAUAAAACUGUAUUUAAGCCUGCUCAGUACUGAUCAAAUAGAUAUAUUGUCAGAUGCAUUUCAACCUGUGUGAUUUUAGGAAGUCUUGGCUGUUAUUUCUAUAUGGCUUAAUGACCACAGAGAAAUAGCAGCCAAAUUGUUGGCUCAUUUUAACAUACUUUGCUUGCAAUAAGAAACCUAAAGUUGUAAGUUAGGUUGAAUUUCUCAACAUAAAGGAUAUUUGUGCCUACGAACAGUUGAGCACUCUGGAUGAAGGUAUAGAGAAGAUGUUAAUGGUAUUUAUGAAGAAGAAUCUAGUUACUUUAGUCUUAAGAAAUUCCCUUUAUAUACUUGGCUUGAUACAUUUGACUAUAUCCUUACUCUCAAAUCCUGCUUUUGUGCCUAGUCAAAAAGCCUAUUUAUAUACAUGGGUGUAUGUCUGUGUGUUCAAUAUAAAUAUAUAUAUAUAUAUAUACAUUGUUCCUGACAUUAUAGGGCUAUUCUUGGUGAAAUAGCUGUAUAGUAUUGAUACAGUUGUAAACAUUAGAAGGCUCUGUAUGUUAAUCAGUCUGUGAUCAUUGAUUUGAAAAUCCAGUCCCAUAUUUAGACUUCCCUCCAUCAUUUGUACAUCUAUGCCAUCAGUUGUAAUACUGCCUCCAAUCUGUGGGCUGUGCUGAGUAGCAUAUCACAUCUUUGACUCAAAAGUUUUCUCUUUAAUGUUGUGGACAGCUAGAUGCAAGUGUGUGGUGUGUGUUUGUAAAAUAAAGGCUCUGUCAGUUUUGAACUGCUGGCCUCACUGUGUAACUGUUCACUAGUUACAAGAAUCAGUAUUGAUGAAAUGUUCUCAUAGACAUGAAGCAAGUAGUUCUAAAAUCACUGUUGGUGUUUGUAGAGUUGAACAAACAGCUCUUUUAGAAGUAGACUUGCUUUAAGAGUUUCUGUUUUGUGAUUAUUUGUGCAGGUUGCUGGCAUUUUAGCUUUGGUUGCUGUCCAAACAUAGAUUUUCGUGUAACAAAUACCAAAUUGCCCUCCCUGAUGUCGAAUAUGAAAUUACUACACAUGUAGUGAUCAGCAGUUGAAUCAAAACAGUAGUAGAGGGCUAGAGGACAUAGAUACUUUUACUUUCACAGCAACGUAGUCUGCUACCUCGUGAUUUGUAUGUUCAAAUUCUGUCGAGGUUGUUGAGAUUGUAGUUUCCUCUGCAAUUCUACAGAUAAUUUCUAUUUUACAGUAAGCAUGGUUUUCUUUUCUAACAGUAAAUAUUUAAAAACAGAAGACUUUUUUCCCUCUCUCUUUUUAUCUCUGCUAGCUGCACAGUCCUAUUUCAGGCUGUAUCUAUUUGUUACUAUCAGGAAACAUCACUCUCCAACAAAGUGUACUGCCUGAAACAAUAGACUUUUCCUCAUCCUCAUGGUAAACCAAUUUAUUCCACUUUUGAACUGUAUCAAUAUUAAUCCAGGCUCUGCUAGCCUGCAGAAUCAUUGGCUGAAAAUGAGGGCUAAAAUAAAGACAUACAUAUAAACAUAUCUUCAUAAAUAAUCAUCCAGUGAUAUUCUCUCUCUCAAAAUCAGUUGAUUUUAUUGAAAGUCUUUUGUUUUGUUUUGGAUUUUUUUUUCAUAGCUUUCUCACAAUUUUGAUUUCACUGACAUGUUCUGUAGACUACCUUCUCUAUUACUAAAAGAACUCAUCUGACAUUUUCUUUUAGUUCUUUCUGGCUAGUUCCAAUAUUAUUUCUUGAACUCUUAACAGCAUUUUUACCAAACAAUUCUAAAGUGUUCAUCCAUCUUUUCUUUUCCUAUCUUGUCAAUAUGUAGAAACUGGUUAACUUUACACAUGCACACACACCAUCUCUUGAAAUUUAAUUGAUAGCAUCUACUAAAAGUUAAUUAGUUAUACUCACUAGUUAUAUAAACUAUUUGAUAAAUAUGUCCUUCUGUUAUUUUCUUUCUCCCUGAAAUAUCGAAACAUAUGGCCAGCUUUGUAGCUCAGCAGGGAUUUCUCUUCAAAGCAAGCCCAUAAUCCAGUUUUGAUUCUUAAUUGAAAACAUUGUUAAUGCCUGAGGGAAAUGCAUAAAUCUCACAAUUCCUGCUAUAAGACUUCAUACUCAACUAUAACAGUAAAUCUCUCUCACACAUACACACACUGUACUAUUUGUCUAUUUUUUUUGUUCAAUAGAACUCUACCAUGACACGACUACAAGAUGAUGGAACACCUUUCUGCCUCAGAACACUAUCUCGCUCACAAACUGACAUUCUCCUCACAAUUUCAUACUGGCAUCUCAUUCCAUCACACCUUUUUGAUUUUCUUCUUUGUUUUAUCUUUUUCUUUUUCUUUUUUUUUUUUUUUACCUUGGAAGAAAAUCUAUUUCUCAGCCUAUUAAAAAAUUCAGCCACACAUUGUGUUCAUGUUCUGAAGUAUGUUGUUGAUGGUGAGCACAGAGGUAGAUUCUCAGGUUCCAUAGGCAUCAAAACCGUUUUUUCCACAACCAAUGUAAAUGUGAUGCCUUUCUUUGGUACCUUUAUGACACUUUCGUUAGGUUUCCUUGGAUGGCCAUGUGUGUCGUAUUUUACUAACACUAGUUACUUACCUGUCUAUGUGCACAGUUCACGUAUCUAUCUAGUUUCUGAUCAAGAUACAGCAACAGUAGCAGUAUCAAGGAUCAUAUAAGUUUGCUGACCCACACUUACAUAAAUAGAUACACACACACACACACACAUAUAUAUAUAUAUGUACACACACACACAUACAUACAUACAUAGAUACAGUGCUGUCAGCUCCACUAUUAUUGUACUGUCACUUCCAAGUGUUCAACUGCUGUUUUAAACAUAAUACUUAUAUAUAUAUAUUGAUGGUAUUUAACGCAGAGAAAAGUGAUUUUAUUUUUGUGAUUUCUACCCUAUAAGAACCUUAUAUAUCUAAAUGUCCUUGAAUAAAUGGCGAUGAACACAUAACAGAA